AGCGGUUAGCUCUCAGCUCAGCUACAGGACUGCAGCUCUGUGUCAGUGGGGUGACAGUUCCUGAGUAUUCUCCAGCCUGGCUUCCUCUGAGACAGCGACAGUCAGUCGCCACUGUUUGUGAUCUACCUCCCCUAGUCUGGGAAGAAAAAGAAGAGUUUUGAGGACCUACUACUGCUUCCCCAGGCUAAAGAAAUGUCAACAAUUGGGAGCUUUGAAGGAUUCCAGCCCGUGUCUCUGAAGCAAGAGGAAGACGACCAACCCUUCGAAAAUGACCACUUGUCCACAAACGAGGGGAAUUCGGGCAAGGAUCCAGUACCAAGGAAGCUUUCAAGACAGCAGAGUAUGACAAAAGCAACACUGUACCCCAAUCCUUAUCGGCAGCCCUAUGUUUCACGGAAGUACUUUGUUGCACGGCCAGGGGCCAUUGAGACUGCUGUGGAAGACUUGAAAGGCCACAUAGCACAGACUUCUGGAGAGACCGUUCAAGGCUUCUGGCUCCUGACAGAGAUUGAUCACUGGAACAACGAGAAGGAGAAGAUCCUGCUCCUCACAGACAAGACCCUCUUGAUCUGCAAAUAUGAUUUCAUCAUGCUCAGCUGUGUGCAGAUGCAGCAGGUUCCCCUGAGUGCCAUCUGCCGAAUCUGCCUGGGCAAGUUCGUUUUCCCAGGCAUGUCUCUGGACAAGAGACCAGGAGAAGGCCUUAGGAUUUGCUGGGGGACCACUGAGGGGUGGUCACUAUUGUCUCGUUGGAACCCGUGGUCCACAGAGGUUCCCUAUGCCACCUUCACUGAACAUCCUAUGAAAAACACCAGUGAGGAGUUCAUUGAGAUCUGCAAGUUGUCUGGGUUUACAGCUAAGCUUGUUCCAGCCAUUGAGAAUGCCCAGAAGAAUUCUGCUGGAUCUGGAAGUGGAAAGGAAUUGAUGGUGUUAACCCAGCCCAUCCUGAUUGAGACCUACACAGGGCUCAUGUCAUUCAUUGGAAACCGCAACAAACUUGGCUACUCCCUCGCUCGAGGGAGUAUUGGCUUUUGAGAAUCUUUGUUAUAAAGUAUAUUAUCUAUAGAUAAACAAUUUCCUUAAAUUUACUUAGAUUUUUAGAUUAUAGUAGUUAUUUUCAGAUAAUAUUUAAAGGACUGACUUAGUAGUGUCUUAGGAAAUCUAAAAGUUUGAUUAAACUGGCAGACAAUUUUUCAUAUGAGAAAAAUUGAAUUUCUAUCUGUGAUACAAUUAAAAUUUAAAUUUGUUAAAAUGUAAACUUUUCCUCAGAUCCACACAUACAUAUUUUUCUCAUCUUCACUUUCAUCCCUUGAACCCUGUUUUAUUCUUUUUAGGUUCCCAUGGCUUUGCUAUUUUGGCUACAGUUUAUGAGGGCACUCCACUCUACAGUCCCUUCUCUGAUGUUUAUCCCGAGAGUCAGGCUCUUCCUUAUAUCUGCCAGUCGUCCCUACAUCAGUGUUUCUAACACCCCUUUGUACUCAGCAUUUUCCAAAUCCAGAUUUCUCUGUGGUGUAUUCUAUAGUCCAACCCUGAAACCUGACAGUUUCGAUUGGUUUGAACUCUCUGCCAUAUGCAUCCCGUUAUACUAAUACAUGGAUAUAUGACAUAGUAUUAUUGUAUCCAAGGUUAAAAUACAUUCUCCUAAGGCUAGAAGUAUUACUCAAUAGCAUAGAGUUUGCUCAACUUGCACAAAAUCUUGAAUUUGAUCCUUUGCACUGAAGAGAAAAAGAAAUAUUAUUACCCCAACUUUCUGAAUUCCAUCCUUCACUCAGAGUGUUGUAUCAAAUCUUCCAUUGUUACCACAGUCUCUUAAUUAGGAUCCCCACGCCAAGGCUUUUUCAAUUAGUCAUGUACCUUACUGUCUGUUCCUAAAGCACAAUUUGAUCAUAACAUUCUGUAGUUGGUCAGUACCGUCCAAUAGCACAUUCUCUUUUGCAGCUUUGUUUCUCAAGUAUUUUUCAAUGACAUCCCCUCUUCUAACGAAAUCUUUUGUGGAAUGUCAGUCUGGAAAACAGAAAAAUCAAGAGCACUGUGGUGGCCAUGGCUUUGGGCUGGCUCCCUCCUUUGUUGAGGUCAUGAUUUUAGAGGGUUUGGACUGAGGGUAUAACUUCAAAACAUUGUCUUCAUUCAUUUCAUACCCAUCUUUUUCCUUUCCUUUCUUCUGUCCUCUUGACUUAGCUGUAACUUUGAACAAUCUAGGACAGUAUGCCAUUUCUUUUAGAUUCUUCCUUUUAAAAAUUUUAAAUCUUACGUUUCUUUAUCAUAGAAGCUCUGAAUGGAUCACUAUAAACUUUAUUACAGGAAUUUUGUUUGUUUUAUUUUUUGUUGUUGUUGUUUGUUUUGUCUUGUCUUGUUUUUUUUCUCGCUUCUCCUGAGACUCAACGUUGAGAUGCUUACCUUCAUGUUGAGGUUGAAAGUUACAGAUAAUUCAUUCUUUGGCCCCUCCUCUUUUACAGUGCUUCUCUUUUUAGAAAGCUCGCUUCCUCAGAAUCAAAGACUCAGGUACAGUCAGUUAUCAGUUUGGUACACACAUUCGAAACUGGAACUUGAACUACCCUUUACUUCCAUUACUGUGUUGUUCCUUCCUCUGUGCCUCUUUGUCACACCUACUUCUUUACCCUAUGAUGGUAAACACUGUUCAAAUCCCUAAGGCAAGGAACUUCUAUUGAGACCUUGAGAGGAAAUGUUGAAAUCCUUAGCUGUCCUGUCAACAGUAGUGGAAUGAAAAGUCAUUCAAUAGCUCUGGCAGCACUUCUGAAGAAGGCGUUAUUGGCCAAUUAUUUUAAUAUUGUUGC